AUGGACGACACAGUUGACGCCCCUGACCCCACCCCAACGGUGCCUUCGUUAACAAACGGAGGAACGGAGAAAGCUGCAGACUUCCCAAAGACUCAGGCGAAGAACAAUAUAGCCUCUGUCGGGCGUGUGCUGUCGAAUGUAGAUGCUACGGCACUACGCUUAAGCAGUUUAAUAUCAACGUCCUACAGCGAAGAAGCUGUUUUCGCAACGGUCGGUUACUCUGCUGACAUCCUCCAUCAUGCCCUUUUCUCACCGCCAAUACGAACCAUCCUUUCUCGCCUUCGCUCUCGCCUGGGGUUUUCGAGUCUGAACGCGCAACCCAACAGCCCAGAUGCACCUACGCCCUCGCUCCUUGCGCUAGCAGCGCUCAUGUCAGAAACGCGAACAGCCUUACGACUGCUUGGCUUGAUUCCUCUGUGGGAAUGGGGCUCCGCAACGGUAAAGUCGCCCCCGGCCGACGGGGUACUCCGCGGCGUGGCCUUCGCGCAGGUCUUCGUGAAUAUCGUAUAUCAGUUCAUGGAGAACGUCGCGUUCCUGGCAUCCAAGGGGGUCAUUCCGCAACGGAUCAUCCAACGCUGGGGCGGCAUUGGGAAAUGGUAUAUCUGGUCGACCCGCGCUUGGCUGGGCCAUGUGGUGCUGGAGCUUGUGCGUCUCUGGCGCGAGCGGUCUCUCGCACAGCGAAAACAAGCCGCUCAAGCGGGAACGGCGGUGGGGGUGCUGGACGCGAAGGAGCAGAGCGUGGAAGCGUCGAGACGUCGAGCUUGGAAGAAGAGCCUGAUCAAUAAUCUGGCGUGGUUUCCCCUCUGCGUCCACUGGAGUUUGGAGAACGGGGCUGGAGUCCCGGAUGGUAUAAUCGGGGUUCUUAGCAUGGCCGCUACGGCUUGGAAAAUAAGCGAUUUGUGGACAGCGACGGCAACGCUCACAUGA